ACUCGGCCGCCGCCGCCGUCUCCGCCGCGCUCGGGUCCGACGGACGCUCGCCGCCCGCGCCGCCCCGCCGCUGCCGCCCGGCGCGGACCCUCCCGCUCGCCUGCCGCCGCCGCCGCCGCCCCCGGCGCUCUCGGUUCAUCCAUGAGCUCGGAUUUUCCACAUUACAACUUCAGGAUGCCUAACAUUGGAUUCCAGAAUUUGCCUCUCAACAUAUAUAUUGUGGUUUUUGGGACUGCUAUAUUUGUCUUCAUCCUUAGUUUACUCUUCUGUUGCUACUUGAUUAGGCUAAGACAUCAAGCCCACAAAGAAUUUUAUGCCUAUAAGCAGGUUAUAUUGAAAGACAAAGUAAAAGAGCUGAAUUUACAUGAGCUCUGCGCGGUGUGUCUGGAAGACUUCAAGCCUCGCGAUGAGCUGGGGAUCUGCCCGUGUAAGCAUGCCUUCCACAGAAAGUGCCUUAUUAAGUGGCUGGAGGUGCGGAAAGUGUGUCCACUCUGCAACAUGCCGGUGCUGCAGCUGGCUGCGCUGCACAGUAAGCAGGAUCGCGGGCCCCCACAGGGGCCACUGCCCGGGGCUGAGAACAUUGUAUAGCGUGGCACAGCACCCAGCCAGGGCGGGGCUGCCACCACCC